GAGGCCGAGUGCCCUGACGGUAUUACUGGUGACCCAACCCUGCUGUGUCUUUCUGGUCUGAGGCAGAGUGGAAGAGAGAGAGAGACAGAGAGAAAGAGAGAGAGCCUGUGCCAAAGCCUGAUUUGGGGCAGUGGUGUGGUGAGGAGUGACUAGCAGUGCCGGCCGUUUUCCCUCUAUCCAAAACACCAAGAAGGUCUUCCAAUCAACCUGCAAGAUGUCCGCAAUAGACCCGUCAGAGGAGCCACGCAUUUACCAGCAGACAUUGUUACAGGACGGCCUCUGCGACCUCCUGGAGAGUGACAAGUUUGUGGACUGCGUGCUGAAGAUCAAGGGGAAGGAGUUCCCCUGCCACAGGCUGGUGCUGGCCGCCUGCAGCUCCUACUUCAGGGCCUUCUUCCAGUCCGAGGAGGACGAGAGCAAGAAGCGCGAGGUGGUGCUGGACGAGGUGGAGCCCGGCGUGAUGGGCAUGAUCCUGAGGUACCUGUACACGUCCAACAUCAACGUGACGGAGCAGAAUGUCCAGGAUGUGUUUGCCGUGGCCAACAUGCUCCAGAUCCCCUCUAUCUUCACAGUGUGCGUGUCCUUCCUGCAGAAGCGACUCAGCCUUAGCAACUGCUUGGCCAUCUUCCGGCUGGGCCUGAUGUUGGACUGCCCGAGGCUGGCCGUCUCGGCCCGCAACUACGCCUGUGAGCGCUUCCAUCUCAUCUCGCGCGACGAGGAGUUCUUUCAGCUGUCUGCCAGCGAGGUGGCAGCCAUUCUCUCGGCGGACAACCUCAAUGUGGAGACGGAGAAUGCUGUGUUCGAGUUCCUGCUCAAGUGGGUGGCCAAAGACGAAAAGAACCGCCUGGAGGAGCUGCCGGGCCUGUUGGACUGUGUCCGGUUUCGCCUGAUUCCCGAGGACUACUUCAAGGAGAAGGUGGAGAAUCAUAAAUGGCUGUCGGGCAAACAGGAUAUUGCUGAGAAGCUCCAACUGGUCAGGGAAGCUUACCAAGGGAAACUUCCGGAACCUGAGAAGAUCAAAAACAAGAAGGAACCACAAGAUGAGGACGGGGAGAAGAAAGUGGAAGAGGAAGAAGUGGAGGAGAUUGCCAUUCUUCCCAGUAUCCUGAACGAUAACCUGCGCUAUGGUAUGUUCCUCAGAGACCUGUUGUUUAUGAUCACCGAGGCUGGCUCAGUGGCCUACGACCCCACCGCAAAUGACUGCUUCGUGGCAGCCAUAUCCACACAGAUCCCCAAGAACCACUGUAGUCUGGUCACCAAGGAGAACCAGAUAUUUGUCGCUGGAGGGGUUUUCUUUGACGAGCAAAACAAAGAGGAACCACUUCACUCCUACUUUUUACAGUAUGACCCCAUGACCUCAGACUGGUUGGGUAUGCCCCCCAUGCCCUGCCCACGAUUCCUCUUCACUAUGGGCGAGGCUGAGAACUCCAUAUAUGUCAUCGGAGGAAAAGAGCUCAAGGAAGGAGAGCACAUUCUGGACACUGUUACGGUUUACGACAGGCAGUCUUUCAAAUGGGGGGAGUCGGAUCCCCUCCCGUAUAAAGUGUAUGGCCAUGCCACCGUGUCCCACGAUGAUGUUGUCUAUGUGCUAGGAGGGAAGGGAGAGAACAAGAAAUGCUUAAAGAGGGUGUGUGCCUACGACGCCAAGAAGUUUGAGUGGAAGGAGCUGGCCCCUAUGGCAGUGGCACGCUCCCUGUUUGGUGCCACCGUUUACAAGAACAAGAUCUACGUGGCGGCAGGGGUCACUGACUCUGGCCUCACAGCCACAGUAGAGGUCUACGACAUUGCCACCAACAAGUGGUCAGACUUUUUGGAGUUCCCUCAGGAGAGAAGCUCGCUCACUCUUGUCGACCAUGAUGACAAUCUGUAUGCUGUGGGAGGCUUUGCCAUGAUACCCAAAGAAAACAGUGAUGAAUUGAUGCCUACUGAGAUGACUGACAUCUGGAGGUAUGACGAGAGUGAGAGAAAGUGGAAAGGCAUCCUGAAGGAGAUCCGCUACGCUUCAGGAGCUACCAUACUGGGUGUGCGUCUGAACACGCUGCGCCUCACCAAGAUGUGAGCCCUCUAGUGGAAAUUAAUAUUGUUGCAGGACCCAGCAGCACAGAACUUCCUAUCUCAGUCUCCCCACCACUCCAGUGAACUAUCCUAGAACUCAUUCCUCAUUGAAGACUGAAUGCCUUAGGACGGCCAGCCAGCACUCAAGAAUUUAAAGGAAGCAUUUUCAUAUAUUUAUCUUGGUUUCAUAGCCGAUCUCUACCUGCCUCUGAACUUGGGAGUGGCUUUGAGUUUCUGUUUUCAUUUGAAAUGAAUAAUUUGCUCUUGGUAGAAGAGAUCUUUUGGACGGUUGUAUUCUUUCUGGUGUCCCCAUGUGGCAGUAUCACUCUGGGGCCGUAUCUGAGCUGCCUUGUGCUCCACAACAGGUGGCUUUGGACCAGAUCUGGCCAGAAGAGAGUGACCUCCAAUAUGACAAUAUGGUAAAACAUUUGCCCCUGGUUCAUAUGUGUAAGCAUACACUAUGUGUGUUUCUCAGUCUGAACCUGAUAGAAAUUUUGGGCCAAACCACAGAACCUAAAUACAACACACACACACACACACACACACACACACGAUCUGACUGCCAUACAAAUCUGACUGCCAUACAAACAGGCGAUCUGACUGCCAUACAACUCUUUAGCCUUGAGCUGAAGGCUUGGUACACGGCCGGCAGACCCAGGUUUGAGGCGAAGGUGGGGUGACUGCUACAUAUGGUGUCAGAAGUGGGACGGCUUGAUAUGAGGACAUCAGAGGCAUGCCCUGAACCAUAUGAUGGACCCCGAGAUGGGAUAGGAGAAGUACAAUUGUGGGAGGUAGGGGGGAAGUGCUCUCAUUACCAACAAGUCUGGCUCAGCCGUGGUCAAGCUACAGAUUUGGUACCCUGUUGACCCAGGUUCAAGGCUGGGGUGGGAAAGCUGUUCAUUUGUCUCACAAAGAAGACAAAAUCUAAAAAUCUAUCAUACAGUAACAGGGUGACUGCCAUUUUGAAUUUUAAAACAAAAGGCUGCAUUCAUUAAAUGUUAAACAUAUUCUAAGUUCUAUGUUUUAUGUCAAUGUGAGACUGGUAAGAUCCCUUUAAGACCCCUUAAAGGGAGUCGGUCCAUACAGUUGUUUUAGGGGCAAACAUGUAAAUUCUUUGGAGGUUCAUGUUCAUAAUAUUGUGGUAAGUACACUUGACACAUGGAAAUUAAUACAACAAAUACAUAUGACAGAAAUAGUUUAGUCUGCUAUUGAAAUAAUCUGUUUAUUUAGCUGUCAUGUAUUACAGACAGUAAACACUAACUAAUACGAUAAAUGACAUAAAAUACAGUCUAUUAUGUUAAUAGCACCUCUAGAAACUAUUGUCUUGGUAUUGUUUUAGUAUUCUCUUUCAUAUAACCAAUACAGCUACUGUCUACUUG